AUGGACGCUAAAUGGGACCCUGAACGCGCGAUUACUGCCAUCAGCUGGAUCAGCCAGAGGAUCGGGAGACCUCUGAGCACAGAUGGAUCCAGAGAAAGCUGUCACCAGAUACUUAUGGAUGGGGUUGUACUGGGAGAAUUAGCUAACUGGAUCAAACCAGGCACCAUCGCAGCCAGCAAACUAAGCAAGCCACCAACAAUGGCUUUCAAACGUAUGGAGCUGAUCGGCUUGUUCCUGGACUGUAUCGAUGAGUCCAAAGGUGGUCUUGUCAAAAAGGAUGAGCUCUUCCAGACUGUGGACCUGUAUGAAGACCAGAACAUGGUCCAGGUGUGUCUGUGCUUCGAAGCUCUUGGCCGAGCACUCAAUACCAUUGGCAGGGAAGGUUUUGGAAAAGCAGAAUCCAAGGGACAGCACCAUGAAUGGUCCCAGGAACAGUUGAAUGCUGGGAAGGGCAUCAUUGGCCUACAGAUGGGAUCCAACAAGGGGGCUAACCAGUCUGGACAAAAUUUCGGCAAAGGUCGGGACAUUAUGUCCUGA